AUGUUUGCGCCGUCCACCGUCGGCAUUUCCGCAUUUCCCGCGAUGCUCAAACUGCCAGAGACGAGCCGCCAGUCCAUCAUGAGCAGCAGCUCCGUUCGCAGCACCCGUCGACCUGGCUUGAAGAAGAAGAAGAAGCCCACGUCGCAGCACGCUCAAGGCCUCUGGCGCAAGGAAGAGCACGAACGCUUCCUCAUUGGCCUCCAGCUUUCCCGCAAGCAGUCCCAGACGCACAUGCAGAAAUGCAAAGAGAAGAUGGUCCGGAAGCUCCGCGAACACAACAUGCUCGUCGACGACGACAUCUCGGAGCCGACGUCGGCGGCUUCGAACCGGUGCAAGCAGGCCGCGAGUCUCCACGUGUCGGCAGUGACACCGAUUCCCUUUCACAGCGCGGCCGGCGCGGCCUUGGCCCCCAACAGCCUCGUACCCAGCGACGAAGCGAGUGCCGUGUCGCUCGAAGACUCGCUCGAUUUUUUUAUUGCCACGAUGCCAAUGGGCCGCUUGCGACUCUAGCGAUAUCGUACCUUAACCUAACUGCUAACUUGAAUUUAUUCCAAUA